CCCCAAAUUCUGAAGCUCCUCCUUCCUUACGCUGACCCGCCAUUUUCCAGAGUAUCUUUCUUCUCCUUCGCUUAGCUCCUAAGAAAAAUAAAAUUCAUAUAUAAAUUCAAAAUCGGUCAUUUUCUUACUAUUAUCCUUUUCUCAAGAAAAUUCAUUCGAGAUGCACGAAACUGAUAUUCACGAUCUCUCCGACGACGCCGAUUACGCCGCCUCUCAGCAGCAGGGAUCGGCGAGUAUUAUGCGAAGCGAUAGUGGUAGACAGAGCUCGUCUAGCGAGCCUGAUGGUGCUGAAGUUGUUUACUCGAAGGAUAAUGUCACGAUUCAUCCUAGUCAGUUAGCUUCCGAGAGAAUUAGCGGUAGAUUGAAGUUGAUUAAGCAAGGUUCUGCACUGUUUAUGACAUGGAUUCCUUACAAAGGACAGGGUUCGAACGCCAGGCUUUCUGAGAAAGAUAAGAAUCUCUAUACAAUAAGGGCAGUUCCCUUAACAGAGGUGCGGUCUGUUCGUCGGCACACUCCUGCUUUUGGAUGGCAGUACAUUAUUGUGGUUUUGUCCUCAGGACUUGCGUUUCCUCCUCUUUACUUCUACAAUGGUGGAGUCAAGGAGUUCCUUGCAACGAUAAAGCAACAUGUUUUUAUUGUGAGGUCAGCAGAAGAUGCAAAUGUGUUCCUUAUUAAUGAUUUUCAAAAUCCUCUCCAGAGAACUUUGUCAUCUUUGGAGCUUCCUAGGGCUGUUUCCGUUGUUAGUGAUCAAUCUGUAUCCAUUGAUGUUGGCGAGUCUCCCUUAGAUGAAAGUCAGGAGAGUUCCAGCAGAAAUGUCCGUGAUGGAAGAUUAAGUACAUUACAGUACAAUGGAAGAACAAGGCUGAAACCCCAGGAUCCUGCUCGAGAUCUCUCUAUUCAUGUAUUGGAAAAAUUCUCUCUUGUGACCAAAUUUGCUCGGGAAACAACUUCACAAAUUUUUGGUGAGACUCAUAAUAAUGGGUUUGGUGCUAUUGAAAAGAGAAGGUAUAACCAUCAAUCUUCCAUCGACCAUCCUGAGAAGGCAUCCAAUUCUGCAGAGAAGGCACCUGAAUUAGUUCCUGUAGCUGCAGAUCCUCUGGAGAAAAUUUCAUGUACGAAACACAACCCUGGUGAUGAAGCUGAUACAGGUGUGGGAUGUUUUGAGCUAAUCAAAUGUGAGGAGUUUGAUGAAGCAGCACUAAUAUGGGGUAAACCACGGCAGCCACCAUUGGGACCUGAAGAAUGGGUCUCCUUUUUGGACUCUGAAGGACGUGUCACAGAUUCAAAAGCUUUAAGAAAGAGGAUAUUUUAUGGGGGAGUUGAGCACAUUUUACGGAAAGAGGUCUGGGCAUUCUUGUUGGGAUACCAUGCGUACGAUUCAACAUAUGCAGAAAGGGAAUACUUCAGCGUUCUUAAAAAAUCAGAGUAUGAGACUAUAAAGAACCAGUGGCAGAGUAUAUCUCCGGAACAAGCAAAAAGAUUUACUAAAUUCAGAGAGAGGAAAGGACUUAUUGACAAAGAUGUGGUGAGGACUGACAGGUCACUUCCGUUCUAUGAUGGAGAUGAUAAUCCAAAUGUUAAUAUUUUACGUGAUAUUCUGUUGACAUACUCAUUUUACAACUUUGAUCUUGGUUACUGUCAGGGUAUGAGUGACCUUCUAUCCCCAAUAUUAUUUGUAAUGGGGAAUGAAGCUGAUUCCUUUUGGUGUUUUGUUUCGCUGAUGGAGCGUCUAGGACCUAAUUUUAACCGUGACCAAAAUGGCAUGCACACUCAACUUUUUGCAAUUUCUAAGUUGGUGGAAUUGUUGGACAGUCCAUUGCAUAAUUACUUCAAGCAACAGGAGUGCUUGAAUUACUUCUUUUGCUUUCGCUGGGUCUUAAUUCAAUUUAAAAGGGAAUUUGAAUAUGAGAAAACAAUGAGAUUGUGGGAAGUAUUAUGGACUCAUUAUAUGUCUGAGCAUUUACACCUAUACAUUUGUGUUGCGAUUUUGAAACGGUACCGAAAUAAAAUAAUGGGGGAGCAGAUGGACUUUGACACUCUGUUGAAGUUCAUAAAUGAAUUGAGCGGUCAAAUUGAGCUCGAUGCAGUCAUAAGAGAUGCAGAAGCUUUGUGCAUAUGUGCUGGGGAGAAUGGCGCAGCUUCUAUUCCACCCGGAACUCCACCUUCAUUGCCCAUUGACAAUGGCUUAUUAUUGUAUUCUCAACAAGAUGAUGAAGUAUUGUAGUUCUUUUCACUGUCCUAUCAAAAUGGGAGGAUUUAUAAGGUUUUGUAUUCCCAACAUAUUCACCUUAUUUUACAUUUUAUGCUUCUGUAAUUGUUAAGAGUUUUUCAGAGACUUAUUGCCAAUCAUUCUUGGGAAUGAAAGUAUAUUCUCUUAGAUUUCCUUACCUGAAUCUGAGUAUCUGUCUCUCUUUAAUUGCAAUUGGAUCCAACAUUUGGGAUUGUCUCA